AAAUCUGAAUAAACAGCAAGAACUUGUGUUGGUGCUAGAGUUAGCCGGCGGUUCAGGACACCUGCAGGGCGAUGGACCUAUUUCGUUGAAUUUUCUUGAAAUAUAUWAAUAUAUAGUAUCAUACUAUUAUCUAAGUGUAUCUGGAGAUGAAGAAGUCUUGUUAUGUGAUACAAUAUCACGUAAAUCUUUAUUUUACUUGAUUGCAACACUUAAUGCCACAUUUGCACCAGACUAUGAUUUCACAGAUGCCAAAUCAUCAGAAUUUAGUAAAGAACGUAGUUUGCAGUGGGUCAUGAGAGAUGUGGAUAAUAAUUUAUCAGCAGUCAUUGUAGAACCUAACACAGCAACAUCAUGUGUUGCAUCUAACCAGAUUAUUAUGAUGAAUCAUCUACAGAGUAAUACAGCUCCCAAAAACUACUCACAGUUACGUGAUAAACUCUGGGAAGUAAUCGACAAAGAAAUUGGCAUGUCACAAUGUGAUAUUUAUAGCUAUACACCUGACAUGCGAUCAGAUCCAUUUAGUGAAGAUGGGUGCCUGUGGUCAUUCAACUAUUUCUUUUACAACAAAAAACUCAAAAGAAUUUUAUUUUUUACUUGCCGUCGCAUUAUUAGUUCUUCUUAUCCCAUGGACUUUGAUGGAUCAAUAGGAACUGGAUCAGAGUCUAUGUUCUUGUCUGAUUAUUAUGAUGAUGACAGCGCUGAAAGCAAUAGUAGGCAUCGCAGAGAACGAAGUCCUUUAAACAAUAGUCGCCGUCGAGGUGGAAAUAGUAAUUUCUGAAUGACAAAAUUAGAAGAAAAAAAAUUAGUUUUAAUAUAUUUUAUCUUGCWGUCUCUCUCAUAAUUUUAUGCUUUUAAAUAUUUAUUAGUACAUCAGUAACGAUUAUUAUUCAAAAAAUAAUUAUAAUAUAAGAUAUAUAAUAUAUUCACAAAUAUUGUGUCAUUUUACUCAWUUGCACUUUUAAUUGUUAUUAUGUUCGAGUAUAAUUAUAUUAAGAUUGUAAAUUGUUUUACCAAUGAAUGAUAGUAUAAUAGUGUGUUGGAUCUCAGUUAUUGCAUAUUUAAAUAGUUUUGAUUGAAU